UCUCUAAAUUCAUAAUUUCUGUUCUCUCUAAUACCCAAUGGAGCUCUUUGUGACAAUAUUUUUGCUGUUUCUUUACUGCAUCAUCUUCUAUCUAUGCAAGAUGGCUUUCCAAAUGAGAAACCAGUGCUGCUACAUGUUGGGCUAUGUAUGUUACAAAGCUGCAGAGGAGACAAAGCUUGACACUGGUACUUCAGGGGAAAUUGUCUUGCGAAACAAGAAUCUCGGUCUUGAAGAAUACAGGUUUCUCUUGAGAACCAUUGUCAGCUCAGGGAUUGGUGAAGAAACUUAUGGCCCAAGAAAUGUCAUUGCAGGCAGAGAAGAGUCUCCAACCCUAAAAGAUGCACUUUCGGAGGUUGAUGAUGUAAUCUUUGAUACACUUGACAAGCUCUUUGCUAAAGCAGGUGUUUCUCCAUCAGAGAUAGAUAUACUCGUUAUCAAUGUGUCAAUGAUCUCUUCAGCACCCUCUCUAUUGGCUCGAGUGAUAAACCGUUACAAGAUGAGGGAUGAUAUCAAGGCCUUCAACCUCUCUGGAAUGGGCUGCAGUGCAAGCAUUAUAGCUGUUGAUCUUGUCCAAAACUUGUUCAAGACACAUGCUAAUGUGUUUGCCAUUGUAGUGAGUUCAGAGUCCAUAGGUCCCAAUUGGUAUUGCGGCAAAGAAAGAUCUAUGAUGCUCACCAACUGCCUUUUCCGCAUAGGAGGGUGUUCCAUGCUCUUGACAAACAAGAGAUCGCUAAGGCAUCGUUCCAUCCUGAUGUUAAAAGGUUUAGUACGGGUCCAUAUAGGCUCAUUUGAUGAAGCAUAUGGAUGCUGCAUGCAAGUUGACGAUGAACAGGGGUACCGGGGUGUUUUCCUUACCAAAGGCCUGCCAAAGGCUGCUGCUAAAGCCUUGGCCAUGAACCUCCGAAUUCUAGCACCCAAAAUGUUACCAUUAAAGGAACUUCUUCGUCAUGCAAUACUCUCUUACUGGAGAAAUAAAUGCAAAACUGCAGCUCCUGAAGCAGCCAAAGCAGGUUUAAACCUUAAGACUGGGAUUGAACACUUCUGUAUUCAUCCAGGUGGAAGGGCAGUCAUUGAUGCAAUGGGCAAGAACUUCAAUCUCAAUGAAUAUGAUCUUGAACCAACCAAAAUGACACUCCACCGGUUUGGGAAUACCUCAGCUGCUGGCCUCUGGUACGUGUUAGGUUACAUGGAAGCUAAGAAGAGGCUUAGGAAGGGUCAUAGAAUCCUAAUGAUCAGUCUUGGAGGAGGUUUCAAGUGCAACAACUGUGUGUGGGAGGUACUGAGGGACUUGGACGAUUACAAUGUGUGGAAAGACAGCAUAGAUCGUUACCCUGUAAAAUCCCUUGUUAACCCCUUCAUGGAGAAGUACAGUUGGGUCAAUCAACCAGUGAAUCAAGAGGCAUAAUCGGGAAUCAGGGUUCUUGGACUUUCAGUCAACAGUCCAAUCGCAAGCCCUUAGGUAAUAAACCGUGCACCACUCAUGAUUAUUUAUUGUAUGCAAACACUACUUGAUUGUGUAUCAUUACCUGCAUACCAAGCUCACUAUUUUUGUUCAUCAACCAAUUCAUUAUUCAAACCAUCUUGUCUUCUCCAUUUAGAAUGAUU